AAACAUUCGAUGAUCACAUUGCGUGACGAGUGGAGUGCUCAGUGCAGUGUUGGGGUUAGAGUGUGGGGCUAAUAUGUGCAUAAUAAUAUACUAAUGAAUAGAUUUGAUGUCAAAUUUUUGGCUGUGCAAUUUUUAUUUGCGUAAGAGUAUGUAUUUCGGUUUUGUUAAGAAAAGGCGAAAGGUAUAACUAAUGGACGAAUCACGAAUUUCUUUAAUGUCGAUUUUCAUUGAUAUUUUCCAUGACCGUAUGGAAAUAGUCAGAAACUUUUACAACACGCUUGUUGAUGAAUCAGUACAAUAUGCCAAAGACACCACACUGCACCUGACAAUAGGAUUGCUUUUGUAUAUUGUAGCAUGUGUCGGUGUUUAUUUUGCAACAGUGUACCUGAAAGUUAAUCGAACAUGGGGAAAGAUAAAGUCCGUUAAAAGAGUUUUAUUUGUCACCGCUCAUCCUGAUGAUGAGUGCAUGUUUUUUGGCCCAACGAUUUUAACCUUGGCGAAACAGAAAGACUGCGGGAUGUACCUGCUAUGCCUUUCCAAUGGGAACUUUGAAGAAAAAGGAAAUGAGAGGAAACAAGAGUUGUGGAACAGCUGCAAUUUGCUGGGUAUCCCAGAUAGUAACAUCACUCUUUAUAAGAGUGACGAUAUGCCAGAUGACCCACACUUGCGGUGGCGUGAGGAUGUAGUUGCAAAUAUAAUACUUAAUCACAUUGAAUCACUGUCCAUUGAUACUGUGAUAACAUUUGAUAAAGUUGGUGUGAGUCGACAUCAGAAUCAUAUAUCUCUAUUUUACGCAACAGCGUACCUUUGUCUGGAGAAAAAACUGCCUCUUUAUUGCAGAGCGUACGCCUUGGAAUCUAUUAAUGUAGUGCGGAAAUAUUCUUGGAUCUUAGAUGUUCCUUUGAGCUUCUUUCUGUCCACCUAUUGGUAUAUUUUGCCUUCAAAUGAGCGCAGAAUUCUGAAGGCAGCAAUGGCAGCACACAAGUCCCAGUACGUAUGGUUCCGUAAACUGUACAUGGCUUUCUCAAGGUACACAGUUAUGAACACAUUGAAAGAAAUUGAAAUAAUUGAUCUUGAAUUAGAUCUCGAAUUGGAUGAUUGAAAUACAACAAUCUCUUUGUCCCACAUGGAAUUUGGCAGCUACCACAAAAGACUACAGUUUGAUAAUUGUCAACAUUAUAUUACACUGUCAUGUAGCUGUGGAUGUGAAGACAAGUAAUGUAACAUUUAUUUUUCUGUUUAUACUGGACCAUUCACUGCCAUUAUGAAUUGGAGAGGUCCAAUGAAAGAAUGAAGUCACGCUCUUAUUCUACUUCCCAUGUUGAAAUAUUUAUAAACUUUUGUAUUUUAAAGUUGAGCAGUGUAGCUAACUGGUUAAUGUGAAAAUACAUUACCAUUGUCUUGAGGAGGCUAGGAUUGUAAAGCAGUUUUGCAGGACUGUAUGUGAUAUAGACAUCCUUUUUAUAGUGUGCUUAAGAGUGAGUUUGUUAUGUAUUAUGUUGAUUUAUUUUGGUUAAUUUUGGUUAAUUUUAAACUACUGAAAUUUAAUAAUACCCUCCACACUUGUAUUAUGGAAGACAAAUUAAAACCAGUAGAAUAAGUAAUUGAGAAAUUUAAUAGUAAACCACUGUCUCCUAUAAUGCCACUAAAAUUUGUUGUUCCCUUAUGUUUUUAUCUUAUAAAAUGUCGUAAGUUAAUGUAAUUUUGAUGAGAGCCUCCUACAGGAUUAUCACAGUACAAAUGUGUAAGAACUGUUUUUUUGUAAUGCUCACGUUGAACUGUUACCUUUUAUUGAUGUAGAAGUGCAAUAAAGAAUUUCUCACAA